AUGCCCCUGGGCCUGGUGGGAUGGCUGCUGAAGAGAGGGUGCAAGGGAAUUCAGGGCAGCUGUGUCUCCUCACCUGAGAAGGCCUGGACUCUUGAUGGGAGGAGGCAGGAGGACAGUUGGACCAUUGAGGCAUCACGAAAGCACGGCUGGCCCCAUGGAGGGUCCCUGCAGAGGUGGUGGCCUUUGGAAAUGGCUCGGUCUCGCAGCAAGCAGGCGUCUGCCCAGCUGACCACCACCUCCAUCCCUCCCCGGGCCAUGGAAGGGGGAAACAUCACCUUGUCGGUCCAGGGGCUCCCUCAGAAUCUCAUCUCCUACAACUGGUUCCGAGGAGCAGCCACUUCCCAGGAUACCCGGAUCCUCAAUUUUAAAUUCACCAACCACGCCCUCACGUCAGGACCAGCCCACAGUGGCCGGGAGACAGGCAGUGCUGAUUGGUCUCUGACCGUCGCUGACAGUGCAGUGGGGCACUCCGAAUACAGCACGCGUGAUGUCGUGUCCUUCUCAGCGCCUGUCCAUCUGUCCAUCAUUGCCGAUGUAAUUGUUGAUCUCCCGGUCAAGGGAGAGGAUUGGGAUGCCCAGACAUUUAAGAACCUCUGCAGUGGAGUGGAGAAGCUGCAGCAGCCCCAGGUAGCCACCCAGAACCUGGCCCCAGUGGAGCACAUGGACUCCUUGCAUUUGACAUGCGUCUCCCCAAACAAAGAUGUAACCAUCCGGUGGUUUCAGAACCUCGAGGUGAUUCAGGAAGGAGAUGGGUCAGCAGUCUCCACGGAUGGCAGGGUCCUCACCAUCCCCAGAGUCACAUGAAAUAACUCUGGCACCUACCACUGCGAGGCCAGGAACCACUUGGCCAGUGAAGCCCUUGUGGUUGGCGUGACCUAUGGCCCUGACACCCCCACCACGACCUCACCAGACCCAGAUUUUGUGAUUGGUUCUAACAUCACCCUGAUCUGCCUGGCCGACUCCCAGCCCCCUGCCCAGUACACGUGGAGCAUCAAUGGGGUCCCCGGGCCUGAGGGCCAGACCCUCUUCAUUCCCAGUCUCUCCAGGGCACACUCGGGGAUCUAUACCCGCAAGGCUUCAAACUCCAUAUCCGGCUUGCACAGCAGCGUGGACACCAGCAUCAGCGUCUCAGAGACACUUCCACAGCCCAAUGUCUCAGCCAAUAACUUAGCCCCAGUAGAGCAUGUGGAAUCCAUCAGCCUGCACUGCUUCCCCCCAAAGAGUACGGUGGCCCUCCUGUGGUAUGUCAAUGGCCAGAGUAUCUUCCCUGGGGGCCACAUGGAGCUGUCCUCAGACCACAGGACGCUGACUCUGCACAACAUCAGCAGGAACGACACGGGGCUCUACCAGUGUGAGAGCAGGAACUCAGCCGCCAGCAGCAUCAGCGACCCCGUCCUUGUCAAAGUCAUUUAUGGCCCAGACCUUCCUGUGGUCAACCCUCUGGACCCAGAGGUCAGGGCUGGCGCAGCCCUCACCCUGUCCUGCUUUGCUGACUCAAACCCCCCUGCCCAGUACCGCUGGGAGGUGGAUGGGAAGCCAGGCCCUGCCACCCAGCACCUGGUCAUCGCGGAGGUCUCCCUGGACCAGGAGGGCAGGUACACCUGCGAAGCCUUCAACAGCAUCACUCACCUUCGCUGCUCAGCCAAUGGGAAGAUCCGGAUCUCAGCAGAAGCUCCAGACAGCAACCUGCAGCCGACCUUGCUCAGGACCGCCAUCCCUGGCGGGGGCAUCGCAGGAAUCACGCUGGGUGUCCUGAUCUGUGUGGCGCUCACAGGGACAGCCGGCUACUUUGUUGGGGUGAUGAGGUCCCAGGUACCCGUUCUGGGCUCUUCAGAGGUCACAGAGCUGGGCCUGCCUGUCUGA